AUGGCGCAGUGCGUGCGUCGGCUGGUGCUGGCGGCGACGCUCGCCGCUGCGGUGGCGCUGCUGCUGUGCACGAGCAGUGCGCCGGUGGCGCGUGCUGCUGGGACGGGCGACUUCACUGCGGCGCAGCGGACGCACACGCUGGCGGUGCUGCAGGCGUUUGGGCGUGCGAUCCCUGAGCUUGGGGAGAAGUGGACGGGCAACGACUUCUGCUCGUGGGAGGCCGUCUUGUGCAAUGCGCCGGACGUGUCCGUGUCGGGAAUCAGUCCGACGUAUGCCGGCACGCUGCCAGAGAUGCCUGUGGGCGUCGACUACCGGCACGUCAUGAUCAAGCAGCUCGACUUUUCCAAAAUGGGCCUGGGGCUGAGCGGGACGCUGCCGGACAGCUGGAGCAAGCUGGAAGGACUGACUUCCCUUACGUUGUCGGACUGCGGCAUGGGUGGUACGCUGCCGGCCUCAUGGAGCUCGAUGACUCGGCUGACGGAGCUUAGGAUAGAAAGAUGCGGGUUUUUCUCGGGCACGCUGCCGCCCGAGUGGAGCUCGAUGAAGUCCAUCCAGUUUGUUGACCUGAGGGUUAUGAAGCUGAGCGGUACGCUGCCGCCCCAGUGGAGCUCGAUGACGUCAUUGGAUACGCUGUCGCUUCGUGACGUUGGCGAGAUCACCGGCACGCUGCCGCCCGAGUGGAAAUCGAUGAAAUCAAUUCUGUAUCUGUACGUUACCAAAUCGAGGAUUAGCGGCUCAUUGCCCGUUGAGUGGAGUGAGAUGACGACCGUGAGGGAGUUUUCGUUUCGGGAAUCGCCGUUGGCCGGCCCCCUCCCUCCUCAGUGGAGCAGCAUCAAGACACUGAGGAGAGUGUACCUGGCGAACACUGAUAUCUCCGGGACGCUGCCGUCCAGUUGGACAGCCCUAACCCGUGUUGAUCACCUGCACUUGGAGGGCACAAAGCUCUCCGGCACGCUGCCGCCUGAGUGGAUAUCGAUGUCGUCGCUUGCGCAGCUGUUUCUGAGCAGGUCGCUUGUUCAGGGCACGCUGCCGCCCCAGUGGAGCGCCAUGAAAAAGCUUACGCAGCUGCUGCUCGACGAUACUUUGUUGUCCGGCACGCUUCCUGCUGAGUGGAGUGCGCUGCAGUCGCUUGUUACACUGCAGCUGUCCGGCAGUAAGGUCUCCGGCACGCUGCCGCCCCAGUGGAGUGGGAUGUCGAAGGCCCAGUCCCUGCAGCUGCAGGACUGCGACCUGUCCGGCAGUCUGCCCUCUUCGUGGUCUGCGAUACCGAUGCUGGCUUCCGUCUCUCUUAAGGGCAACAAGUUCUGCGGGUGUGUGCCGGACUCGUGGGAUCAGAAGGCUGGUCUUGUUGUGGACAUCGAGGACAAGCACAAGGGCAGCGACUGCUUGGCUGGUAAGGACUGCACAACGACCACCACUAAGCCGCCCACGACGACAACGACCACGACGACAACGACGACCACUAAGCCGCCCACGACGACAACGACCACGACGACAACGACGACCACUAAGCCGCCCACGACGACAACGACCACGACGACAACGACCACCACUAAGCCACCCACGACGCCAACGACCACGACGACAACGACCACCACUAAGCCGCCUGCCGCAACCACCACUGAGGCACCUGCUGAACCCACGACCACUGCUACCCCAACAAACACGCCGACUCCUGCACCAGAGACGGAGUGCGAGGUGGAUGGGUGUGAGGUGUGCGAGGGGGACUUCGCUGCGAGGUGCGCGAGGUGCCGUGAGGACUACUUCCUGACGGACGAGAAGACGUGCCUGGUGUACUGCGAUGGCGGUGUUGCUGCUGUGUCGAGCGGAGUGGCAGCAGCAGCUGUUGUGUGCGUGGCUGUGCUGUUCAGCGUGGGGCUGGCGGCGUGA